AUGAUGGGAGAGAACUGGCUCUAUGGUCACAAGAGACAGAAAGCCAACCCUAUUAGUCCAGGUGUAGAAGGCAGCCACGUGGUCAUUACAUUCUCUAAAACUGAAAGUGAGCAAAGAGAAGAUAAGCAAGUGUUUGGUUCUUGGGAACAGGUGUGUACAGACUGCAUCAAAUUUUACAUCCAUGCCCUUGGGAAGAAGAAUGAAAGGAUUCUCAAGUGUAGAGAACUUCACCAAGAUGGGAACAAACUCUGUGUCUAUGACUUCAAGGGAGAGAUCAUUAAGUACACUCUGAGGAAGGAUGGCAGAGAGAAUGUGGAAAAACUCGGAACAUACAUCAAGGAAGGAAGUGAAAAACAAAGUAAGAAAACUUCGUCAUUUGAAAUGCAUAAAGCAAACUUCAGGAAAUUGACAAAAAACUACACCCCAACUAAAGUGCUCAAACUUCUUUCACAGUUCAGUGACUCAGUUGGGCUCAUAGUUUGGAACAACAAUGAAAAUGAGGGCUGUGCCACCUGCUUUGUUUUUACAGAAUUGUAUGUUUUUACAUGUAUGCAUGUGAUAAAUGAUAUUUCCGGGAAAGGUGUACAGCAAAGUAAGUGGGCAGAAAAAAUUAGACAAUGUGCAAAAAUCACUUUUGAUUAUGAAGAGUUCCUGGCAAGUGAAGAUAAUUGCUUUUCCAUUGAGUCUUGGUUUGAGAUAUACAGUGAAACUCUUGACUACGCUGUCCUAAAACUGGAAGAAAAUGGACAACAAGAACCUGUACGGCUAUAUAAUGGAAUAGCUCCUGUGUAUUCUAGUGGAUUGAUUUAUAUUAUUGGUCAUCCUGAUAUAAAACAGAAGCUUAGUGAUGGCUGUAUGGUGAUUUCUCAAGAUGAGCACAUUCAGGAAAGAGAAGUAGUGGAUGGAAACAAUCCCAUACAGUAUAUCUAUAUGUACACCCGAAGGAGUUUCCAAGAAACAGUCUGUGAACCUGGUGUGGCUACCUGUGACAACAUUUUUUAUUGUGGGUCUCUAGGAUCUCCCUUAUUUGAUUCCAAAUGA